AAAGGGGCAUGGAGCAGGGCUGUGAUGCCACCAGGCUGUAGGGGGACCUGCCAUCCCUCUGUCAGAGUGAAUCCACCCUGAGGAGUUGGGGAGAGAGAGAGAGAGAGGGCUCCGACACACACAUGCACAUGUGCACAUGCACACGCAUGCACACCCACUUAAGAGGCCCAUUUCAAGUCGAUGCCCUCGAUGGCCAUAAAGCACCACACAAAUGCUAGCUCUCCUGAUAAUUAUUAUUACCACCCACUCACCAGGCACAGAAAACAGACUGGCCCGUAAAUGCACCUUGCAAAGUCUUGCUUCCUACCCAGUCCUGCCAGAUGCUCCCUGGUCAAAGACAUUUGCAGCUGAGGCUGCAGAGAGAGGCUGCACCAGACUGUAAAGUGUGUUAAAUGUCUUGCCUUUGAGGGGUGGACUUUCAGCCUAGAGGCUAGUGUUUCCCAGACAGGGUUCCAUGGAACUCGUUGGACCCAGGUUAGGCACUACCUCACCCCCUGCAGACUGUUGGGGUGCACAGGCCAGGUAGAAGCACUGAGAAGUCCUCCAGCGAGGAACUCUGUUAAGCAUUUUCAAAUUCAGCAGUUCCCAGACUCAUUUGACCACAGACCUCUCUUUUUUACAUUUCCUGAGAUAACAUCAUGCUGAAUGUAUUUGAGGAUUAAUGUGGCAGGAGGGUCCCAUGAAGCCACGGUGCAAAGUGAAGGGGCCACAGGGGCCCUGAUGGGCCCUGAGCCAGGACCUGGAACCCUGUGAUGGCAGCCUAGCUCCCAGCUCUAGCGAGACUGCACCUGCUGUGCGAGCCCACUUCUGUAACAUAGCCCAAUGUGAGACUCAGCGGUUCCGGCUCGCGGUGCCAGGGCCAGCUGGAGGUCAACACCAAGGGCACGUGGUACAUGGUGCACAGCCAGAGCUGGGGCCUGAGCCCGUCCCGCCAGGACUCCGCCGGGGCCUCAAAGCUCUGCCGGCAGCUGCAAUGCGGGGAGCCCUUGUUCCUCGCCCACUCCCGUCACCUCACAAGGAAGACAUUCCUGGGUCAGAUCACUUGCCAUGGACAAGUGGGGUCCUUCUCCAACUGCAGCUUGAGCUCCAGGACAAACUGGCCAGAACCUCUGGCCCUGAUCUGCUUAGAGCCACAGAAGACGACGCCUCCUCCCACGAGCCCCCCGCCCACAACCACGCCGGAGCCGACAGCUCCUCCCAGGCUGCAGCUGGUGGCAGGUCCCGGGGGCCUGCGCUGUGCCGGCGUGGUGGAGUUCUACAGAGGCAGCCUGGGUGGCACCAUCAGCAUCGAGUCCCAGGAUGGGACCCAGGACCUGGGGAACCGCAUCUGUGCAGCCCUCCAGUGUGGCUCUUUCCUGAAGCAUCUGCCGGAGACCGAGGCCACCAGGGCACUAGAGGCUGGAGAGAGCGGGCCCUUGCCAAUCCGAUGGAAAAUCCAGAACACACGCUGUGCCUCCCUAGAACAGUGCUUCCGAAAAAUCCAGCCCCAGGCAGGCGGCCAAGCUCUUGGCCUCAUCUGUACUGAUUUCCAGCCCAAGGUGCAGAGUCGCCUGGUUGGGGGCAGCAGCUCGUGUGAAGGCGCCGUGGAGGUGCGCCACGGCAAGCAGUGGGAUCCCCUGUGCGACAGCUCCUCGGCCAAGGGCGCGGCAGCACGGUGGGAGGAGGUGUGCCAGGAGCAGCAGUGCGGCAACGUCAGCUCCUACCAGGUGCUGGAUGCCACCGAGAAGACCUCCCAGGGGCUCUUCUGUCCCUCAGGGAAGCUGUCCCAGUGCCACCAGCUUCUAGAGAGAAAAUCCCACUGCAAGAGGGUGUUUGUCACAUGCCAGAGCUCGAGCCCGGCAGGCCUGGGCGCCGGCACCGUGAUGAGCAUCAUCCUGGCCCUCGUGCUGCUGGCAGUGCUGCUGGUUGUGUGCGGCCCUCUCGCCUACAAGAAGCUGGUGAAGAAAUUCCGCCAGAAGAAGCAGCGUCAGUGGAUUGGCCCAACGGGAAUGAAUCAGAACAUGUCUUUCCAUCGCAACCACACGGUGACCGUCCGGACCCAGGUGGAGAACCCCACGGCCUCCCACGUGGAGAAUGAAUAUAGUCAGCCUCCGAGGAACUCCCAAAUCUCAGCCUAUCCAGCUCUGGAAGGGGCCCUGCAUCGGGUCUCCACCCAGCCUGAUAACUCCUCCGACAGUGACUAUGAUCUGCAUGGGGCUCAGAGGCUGUAAAAGAACCAGGAAUCUGGAACAAACGUCAAGAGCCAGAACUUUUGUCCUGAGAACUCUCUGCAGUCACUGCUUGGAAACGAUGUCCCGGUUCCUGCUCGGUUCCUGCCUGGUUCCUGCCCAGCAGGGACAUGGACAUGACUCUCCAACACGUCCUACUGCCCUGCAGAGGCAGGCCAGCUCUGACAUCUCCCCACUGAGCCCCGCCCAGGUGAAGACCCCCAACACAGCUCAGCUGGCCCCUCCAAGUGUGGAAGCUGUGAAAGGGUGGAGCCCUGAAACAAGCAGCCCUCCCCAGCAGAGACA